GUGAUCAGGCCACCGAUGAUUUCUGUUCUCCCUUCUUGAAGAAUAAAUCUCCCUUUCCCCAUCGGCUCGACCUACUCUCUCCCGCCGCUUAGAAAUAAAACUUGUGCUGAGCUGGGCAGGAGAAGGCGCCCACCACGAGCGCCACAAGCGCAGGCCGGGCGCCUUUCGCGGGAGCCGGGCCCAUGGGCUGCUAGCGCCCCCCCCCACCCCCCGGCAGCUCGGGCCGGCGUCCCUGCGGCCCCCUCCCCAUGUGAGGCGCGGCAGGGCGACCGGGGCGCGGGAGGAAGAGGAGGACCCACGGGCGCCGGGCCGGAAGGCAGCUGGCAGCAGGCCCAGGCGAGCGGGCACCCGCGUUCAUGUUCCGCCAGGAGCAGCCGCUGGCCGAGGGCAGCUUCGCGCCCAUGGGCUCCCUGCAGCCGGACGCGGGCAACGCGAGCUGGAACGGGACCGAGGCGCCAGGGGGCGGCGCCCGGGCCACCCCUUACUCCCUGCAGGUGACGCUGACGCUGGUGUGCCUGGCCGGCCUGCUCAUGCUGCUCACGGUGUUCGGCAACGUGCUUGUCAUCAUCGCGGUGUUCACAAGCCGCGCGCUGAAGGCGCCCCAGAACCUCUUCCUGGUGUCUCUGGCCUCGGCCGACAUCCUGGUGGCCACGCUCGUCAUCCCUUUCUCGCUGGCCAACGAGGUCAUGGGCUACUGGUAUUUCGGCAAGGCGUGGUGUGAGAUCUACCUGGCGCUCGACGUACUCUUCUGCACCUCGUCCAUCGUGCACCUGUGCGCCAUCAGCCUGGAUCGCUACUGGUCCAUCACGCAGGCCAUCGAGUACAACCUGAAGCGCACGCCGCGCCGCAUCAAGGCCAUCAUCGUCACCGUGUGGGUCAUCUCGGCCGUCAUCUCCUUCCCGCCGCUCAUCUCCAUCGAGAAGAAGGGCGGCGGCGGCGGCCAGCAGCCGGCCGAGCCGCGCUGCGAGAUCAACGACCAGAAGUGGUACGUAAUCUCGUCGUGCAUCGGCUCCUUUUUCGCGCCCUGCCUCAUCAUGAUCCUGGUCUACGUGCGCAUCUACCAGAUUGCCAAGCGCCGCACCCGCGUGCCGCCCAGCCGCCGGGGUCCGGACGCCGCCGCCGCGCCGCCGGGGGGCGCCGAGCGCAGGCCCAAUGGCCUGGGCCCGGAGCGCGGCGUGGGCCCCGUGGGCGCCGAGCCCGAGCUGCUGCCCGCCCAGCUCAACGGUGCCCCGGGGGAGCCCGCGCCGGUCGGGCCGCGCGACGCUGACGCGCUGGACCUGGAGGAGAGCUCGUCGUCCGAGCACGCCGAGCGGCCCCCGGGGCCUCGCAGGUCGGAGCGCGGCCCCCGGGCCAAGGGCAAGGCCCGGGCGAGCCAGGUCAAGCCCGGGGACAGCCUGCCGCGGCGCGGGCCGGGGGCCACAGGGCCCGGGGCGUCGGCGGCGGGGCCCGGGGAGGAGCGUGGCGGGGGCGCCAAGGCGUCGCGCUGGCGCGGGCGGCAGAACCGCGAGAAGCGCUUCACGUUCGUGCUGGCCGUGGUCAUCGGCGUGUUCGUGGUGUGCUGGUUCCCCUUCUUCUUCACUUACACGCUCACGGCCGUGGGCUGCUCCGUGCCGCGCACGCUUUUCAAGUUCUUCUUCUGGUUCGGCUACUGCAACAGCUCGCUGAACCCAGUCAUCUACACCAUCUUCAAUCACGACUUCCGCCGGGCCUUCAAGAAGAUCCUCUGCCGGGGCGACAGGAAACGGAUCGUGUGAGCGCCCGGUCCGCGACCCGCGAACAGACUGGCGCCCACUGCAGUCGGCGGGGAUCGAGGGGCUCGUCUGUGCAGUCCCAGCGCACUGAAACCCGGGUCCUGCCUACUCGGUGUUUCCUGGCCAGGCCUUGCCCUGUGGCCUCCUGUGGGCCUCUGCUCUGCCCCCCACCCCGGCCCCCUCCCACCCCGGGAAAAGAACUGGCUGGGAGGGCCGCAGGCCCCCCAGUUGUUGUUAGGGCCCCUUGUGACUUGGCGCGAUCUUCCUGGGUUCUUGGGAGUCCCCUAAUUAGUAUUGCUUCCUAAAGGUAUUUUCACCUCCCCUGAGUCCAGCUGUCAAUGCAGAUCAGAGCAAGCAAGCACUGAACGGACCCCAGAGGGUACGGCUCCCAAAGGAUUAACGGAUGGGGGUUACUCAGCCCCAGCUAAUUGCUCUCCCCCUUCCCCUAACUCUGUUUUUAAACAAAUGCUCAGGGCAGCCCUGCCCAUCCUCCCAUCCCCCACUGUAAAUAUACACUAUUUUUGAUAGUACACGCUAGGGUCCCGGAUGUCUGGGCUUUUGAUGCUGUUGGAGAUGCCUUUGAGGCAGACACAUUGUCCUUCGGUUCAGGCCAAGCCCCUUUGCAAUGCAAGCCCUUUUCUGGUGUCAUUACCUCCUUCUGUGUCCUUUUCACCAGCAGCUGGUGACUGUCCCUGGGGCCUGGACCUGCUUUGAGAUUUCCUGAGGGGGAAAAGAUUUCUGUCCAUUUUUUUCCUGUGCCUAACAGCAUAAUUGCCUUUUCCUAUGUAAAUAUUACAAGGAGGGACCAAGACAGAAGUAAAUGAACCUUUCUGCCUUGCAGCAGGCCUGUGUAUAAAGCCAUUAUCCUCUGAUGCACCCUUCACCCCAGUAACUCACUUUAAAAGUAUCUCUUUCCUGGGUCCCUCCCUCCCUCUCUCUCACCUUCCCUCUCUCCAGGGCCACUGCUUGAAGAAUAUGUAUGUUUCUAUCUUGUAUGUUUGUGCACCUGCCCCUCCUUCUCCAGAAGUGCUGACUGCAAGAAAAUCUUUUAGCUGCUGUUUUUAGACGGAGGAGUGGAAAUUAUGUGGAAGAAGCAAACCUGAUACAAUUUGCCCAAGGUAAACAGUUUGAAAAGACAAAUGAGCCUGCCAAACUGUACAGUUCCUGUCCCGGGAGCUCUUAGGUAUCAAAGUGUUGUCCUUUCCCCCCUGCUUUUCUGGUUGAGAUCAUGUCAUUGAUGAACUCCCAAAAUCAAGGGAAGAGGGCGGACACCUCGUGUUUACAUCGGAGUUUCUACACGUUUUAGACAGAGACUCUUUAAGGCCUGCGCUCUUAUUUCACUAAAGACAAACUAAUGGCAGCACACGUUGCUAAUGACAGUGGAUUUUUUUUUAAUAAAAAGUUUACAGAUCAAAUGUGAAA